UAGUGACGUAAUCACCAUCGCCCUCGUCGUGCCGCCAUUCCAAUACCGUCAUACCGUGAAACACCGCACGAGGAAAUUUGAAAAUAGUCGGCGCCUCGGCGGCCUUCUCUCCCGUUUCAACUAACCCAGUCAGGCUUAUUUUCCAUCUUCACCGAGCAAAAAAAUAUUCCUGAGAGCGUGUAAGAUGGCCUCAAGAAGAAAGAGCAAGCGGCGACUGGAAGAGCUGCAGGAGCCCCAGGGCGACGUAAGGCGGAGUCCUCGACUUCGGGAGCGGUACAGUCGAGAGAGGAGUGAGGGACCAGCACUUCUGACUGUGACCCAGUCUGUCACGUCACGGCCUGCCCUGAGUGGUUACAUGAAGGAGUUGGAGCAGCAGAAUGCCAGUAUCCUCAAUGAGAGUGGCCAGAGUGUUCCUGCAUACUUUGACCUAGGGCAAGAUGACACUGGUUCCAGACAUUCAGGUGACAGUAGGGAAGAGAUAGAUGCUGUUUCGGGUCAACCUUUCGGUACUCCCGACCCUCAACAUCUCUAUGGUCUAGAUGAGAGUGAGGAUGAGGACUUUGAGUCACAAACUCGGAGUGUGUCUCCACCUCCUGCCACUCCUUCACGUGAAGGUGACCGGAGAGGAGUGUUGGGUAUGGUGGUAGGUGGUGUGGUGAGUGUCCUGUUCAAACUGGGCUCUCUCCUCUAUCUGACUGCAACUGCAGUCCUCUGCCUUGACGUCAUUAUACUUCACAGGUGCUAUAUGGUGUUUACUGCAGUAACAUGUUGGAGCACCCACGCAGCAUCUAGGCCAUGGCUAAGGUUCUGGGUCCUGCCAGUGGUGCUCAUCUCUCUCAUUGCUGCUAUGAUUGGAGGUGGUUUGGUGCCAACAACUGCAGAUUCUCCUCAGUUCAACAUCACUGGUGCUGACCUGGACAGACUCCGCUCUGAGAUCGCUGCCUCUAUUAGGAGCACACUCUCCAAAGACGUUCACCAUCAUGUGGCGGAACAUGUUGACAAGGUGGUGAAGGAAUGGGUAGAGAGCAGACUGACAGAGGAACGGAAUGCAUCACAAGAAGGUUUACAGCAGUUGAGGACUGAAUCUGAUCAAAAGGGAAUAGAGCUGUCGAGAGUUCUGUCAGAGGUGGAGAGUCAGGAGACGAGACUGGUUGAGAUGUGGAAUCAGUCUCAGUCCACGUUCAUCACUGAGGCCAUUGCUCUCCAGAUGGUCCAGCUCCACAUACAGCAACAGCUCAACUCUGCCAAACAAGAGUGGCUGAAACUGGUUCCUCAAGAGAUGUCUUCAGUGACUGAGUCAGUUGAUAGCCUGAGGAAAGAACUGUCAGCAAGAGACAAUCAACUCUCAAAGAAGCUAUUGGCUCUGGAGAGGUUGGUGGAAGACAACAACACUACAGCCACAGAGUCCCUCCUGCAACUGAUACUCGAGCUCCAGACAGCCUCUGCCUCAAUCAGCGACCUAACAAAGGGGGCAGACUCACAGACGAGUCAGCUGGCAUCAAUAAAGUCGGAGGUGGCACGGCUGAAGUCAGUGGAGGAGGAGGAGAGGAAGGAAGUGGUGGAGAGACUGGAGUCACUAGAGGGGGCCAGGCUGGGGAGAGAGGACCUGGCCACAGCCUUCCAGGAGGAGAUGGAGAAGAGUGUGGGGAGUGACACCAGUGUCCUCUGGCUGUGGCUCUCUCAGGAGCUGGAGAAAGCAGGAGAAGAAAGAGCUGUGUCAACUUCAGGACUCACCAGAAAGGUAUGGGCACAAUGUCAUGUAACCGGAGGGUAUAUCAUCUGGCUGUAUGUAUAUACAUGUAGGAGGUGGAGCAGCUCAUCAGGACUGCACUGGCCACAUACAGUGCCGACCGUAUUGCCAAGUUUGACUAUUCUCUGGAGAACUCUGGCGGUGUGGUGGUGAGCAGCUCUGACACCUACCCACCUGCCCUGGAGACAUACAGUCUCAUGGGUGUCCCUCUCUGGACUGUCCCCAGCUCCCCCAAGGCCAUCAUACAGCCUGGUGUAUAUCCAGGUGACUGCUGGGCCAUGAACGGGGUUACAGGCUAUGCCUUGAUCAGGUUGAAGGAGGCAGUGGUGGUGACAGGUGUGACAGUUGAACACAUCCCCAAGGACCUCACUCCCUCUGGCAGUCUCACCAGUGCCCCCAGAGAGUUCAGGAUACUGGGGAAGAAUGAGACAGAGCUGGUCCACGAGGGAGAAACACUGGGGCAGUUUACCUACACCAUUGAUGGCACACCUAUUCAAGAGUUCCCUGUCAGAGAUGAGGGGAAAGCCUACACCCACAUUCUGUUUGACUUUCUCUCCAACCACGGCAAUGAGCUCUACACGUGUGUGUACCGUGUGAGGGUACACGGCCACCCAGUGUCACCCUCUACCUGACAAUUACCCCUCACAUUUCACCCUCCUCCUCUAUAGCUCCUUUACUAUACAUCAAUCAUCCGCUCACAUUAACACUGAUUCAUUCAAAUAGGGAGUGACUAUUUAGGGUAUUUUGCAUGUUUUUCACUCUCUGCAGGUAUAUAUGCUCUUUUUCUUUGAUUUCCACUCCAUGUACAUGUGCACUUGCUUAUUUAGUUAUUCAUUGAGUGUUUAGGAUGUAAGUGCUGGGAGGAAUAGCUCUCUUCAUUGGGUUACUCAGAUAAACACAUUUUCGUUUUCAAAGGCAUGACAUGCCAUUCACCCAAUUAAUUUAAUCAGGUUAGAAAGAGAUGUA